AUGCGCCUUCGCGAUGGAGGUCUUUAUGCGAUCCCAGUGCGAGUAGAUUGGAACUCAAAGACGAGUAAGAAGGAAUCAAAGUUCCCAUGUACGUGGGGCCAGAUUAUCGACCCAAAAUCGUGGUAUGAGUCCAUCAACACGGCUCUCUUGCAGCGAGCUGAUGCGAAUGGUGUAGCAAUAUUGACGGGUCCGAGCGGCCUCUUCGCAAUUGAUGUUGACGUUGAUGCCAACUUCAACCCAAAAAAGCUUCCUGGAAUCGAUCUCUGGAACCGCCUCAUCAACAUUCAUGGCGAACCAGAUACCCUAAGGGCCCGCACCGCGUCGGGGGGUCUCCAUUAUCUAUUUAGGAGCAACAGUCCCGGCUUGUCCUCCCAGAAGAACUUUGCCACCGUGAAGGACGGCAAAUACACCUAUGGCAUAGAUGCUAGAUGCUGGGGAGGGUGCAUAUUUGCAGAGCCAACAUCCUAUGUGAAAGAAGGGCAGGUUGUGGCCUACGAGUGGUUGAACGGUCCACCAAGCUAUGAAGCAUGCAAGGAGAUCCCAGGAUGGCUGAUAGACCUCAUGGGCAAUCUCCUGGAUUGGUACGAGAUGCAACGGAAGAGGCGGUUGGGCUCUCUCUAUGGCAGACAUCCGGACCUACAGGGGUUUGUAGUGGAUGGCAAGCUGAAGCCGCUUGAUUCUUCGAUGGCCAACCCCAAGCUGAUACGAACAAUCAAGUUGGCCACGGAGUCGUGCAUGAAGGAACUAGAUGAAUGCAUGCCCAGCUUCGGCAGGGUCAACGUUCAGGAUGCCGCGGACGUACGAGAAACAUCCGAGGAGCUGUUUGUGAUCAUGAACGGCCUUAGUGGGGCGAACGGAAAGGGGGUUCUCAAGAAGGCAAUCGACAGGGCCUUCGGGAACUAUGCUGGGAUCGGAAAUAAGGCCUUGUUUGUCAAGCCAACAUUCAAAGUCAAUGCGUCAGCAGCUUCGACAGCUUUGAUGCACAUUCGACCUUUGAGGUUUGCCUUUACUGAUGAGUUGGAGAAGACGGACCAUUUGAACGACCCCUUUAUCAAGGAGAGCACGGAUGGUGGGCAUAUUGAAGCGAGAGAGCUCUUUUGCAAGACGCAGAGCUAUGUGUCGCAAUACAAACUCUGCCUCUUCACCAAUUAUAGGCCCGGCUUUCCCUCUGAUGACGCUGCUCUGAUCCGCAGGAUGGUCUUGAUCACAUUCGAAUUCACAUACAAGGACGCCCACGAGCUUGACAUUGGCAAUAGCAAACACAAGCUUAUGGAUACAACUCUCAAGCCGUACUUUGAUUCGGAUGAAGGGGCUGCCGACACCUUGGACUUUUGCGUCGAAGGUGCAACCAUGUUUUAUGCCAAAAAGAGGGAGGCGCCGACUUCAAAGGCACUCUCUUCAAUCCCAGAGGUGUUUAGCGCUGCAGCACGCGAGUACAUGAAUGAGAACGACAAGCUUCAGAUGUUCAUUGAUCAAGAAUGUACGGUGGGGGCUAACUACAGCAUUGCUAAGGACGAUUUCGUUGACCGAUUUGCAAACUUCUUGUACGCACGCGGUUACGACGCGAGCCUCGCAGGGGAGGGGCUGAAUCGUGCCAUGCGCAUGAAGGGAUUUAGCUCGACCCCAUCGGACGGUCGCAAGAACCGGAUGAUUCAAAGGCUCAACAACCGCGGACGGAUGAGUUGCUUCUUUGGUAUUCGGUUGCUCACAGAGGACGAAUUGAAGGCGGUUUCGACAGAAGUUGGGGCAUCGGAAGCUUGA